AUGUGUUGGAAAGGCUGUUGCUCACUCAUCCUCUCGUUGAGUUCUAGCGAAGCGCGGAGCACACCCCUGUCCACUCAUGCAGCUUCAAGCGUCAUGUUUUGCUCUGCUGGCUGUGCGCCGCCGAAACGAUCGUCGCUGAGGGAGCCCUUGCACGGCCCGGCGGGCUGUUCGGAGACCGCACUCAGCGAUUCCCUCCAGUCGAUCCGGCUGCGAUUGGAAGCAGUAGCCUUCGGGCACCGGCACAAGCGUAUUGACGUGCCGGCGCUGGUCGAAGAGAUUCGGAGAGCUACUGCAUCUCUGGUUUGGUGCGAAACCAACGAUGACUCCUUGUUCAGCCUCUUCUGCGAGCAUUCCAUGCUUCCAGGAUUUGUUGCCGCACUUCGGGCAGAGGCCGUCCCCGUAGUUGUUAAGCUGCAGAUCUUACAGUCCCUGUCUAUCUUGGUGCAGAACGCCGAGCGCGACACCUCUCUGAUCUACUUGCUGUCCCAGGGCAUGCUGAAUGACUUCUUCGAUGACCCGCCGGACAGCAUGGACGAAGAAUCAAUGGCCUACUUCGUCACUCUUCUGAAGGGCAUCGCCCUGCGCCUGGACGGAGAGCUAGGGCUGCUGUGCCUCGCGACGUGCCGGAGCACGGAGAGCAAAGGCAGUGCAGGUUACGUGGCCUCCAGCAGAAGAGAAGCUGCUUUGCGCAUGCCGAUCUUCGACCGGGCGGUGCAGCUGAUCGACCAUGCGGAUCAGAUGGUGCAGACCUCGGCUCGGAAUGCCACUCUCCGGAUGCUGAGCAUCGACGCGCCAGCUGUGCGUGCCGCCAUGGAGGGCACAGCAGCAGGCAUCUUGGCUCCCGAGCUGGCUGAUGUGGCCUCGAGGCUGCGCGACGGAGUCAGCUUCAGCGACGGGCUCAAGUUGGACGAUGCGAAGGCCCAGCCGGCGGCUCUCACCUCCUUGCUCGACUUCGUCGGUGACCUGCUUUUCCUAGGCAUCCCUCCACUUACUGCUGCGAUCGAACGCGAAGGCUUCUCCGUGGUUGGCGGCCGCGCGGCCUGGCAAGGGCCGCUGAUGCUGCUUCAUCAGGCCGAGAAUCAUCCUGCCGUCCGUGUGUUUGAGAAGCCUGUGGAGGGGGCGACCGUGAUUGCCGAGAUAGCAAACGGCUCAUUGCUACAUGCCCUCGCGGUGAGUGGCAACUUCGUGAGCAUCUGCUGGCAAGGCAUCGACGGAUGGAUUGGUCGGAAGAAUGCUCGACGUGCCACCAGGCGACCGUGCUGUCCGUGCUGA